AUGCGGCGCGGUCUCUUGAUCUUCAUCCUCGUCAACCUCCUUAUCCUUUCCUUGCUCGUCCAUAGUGUCUCGACGCUGCUGGCCCUACUAUUCGAAGAUGCCGCCGCCGACGCUAUACACCGUGCGGAGCUGCCCUCGCCAAAUUCUAGCCUGAUCGAGCAUCGCCCCCAAAUUAUUCCUAAGAUCAUUCACCAAACAUACAAGAACGAGACCAUUCCAGAGGUCUGGGCAGAAGCUCAACAAAGUUGCAUUGACUUGCACCCGGAUUAUGAAUAUAUUCUCUGGACCGACGAAAAGUCGCGAAACUUUAUCGCCGCCGAAUACCCCUGGUUCUUGGACACCUUCGACGGCUACAGUUAUCCUAUUCAGCGCGCAGAUUCUAUUCGAUACUUCAUUCUCGCACACUUCGGUGGAACAUACAUUGACCUCGACGAUGGCUGCAACCGUCGCUUAGAUCCUCUUCUAGCUUACCCCGCCUGGGUACGCCGCACCGCACCUACUGGUAUCUCCAAUGACGCUAUGGGUUCCGUACCACAACAUCCAUUCUUCCUCCGUACGAUCGAAGUGCUGCAGAAGUACGAUCGCCAUUGGCUCCUCCCAUACAUCACAGUCAUGUACUCGACCGGACCGCUGUUCCUGUCCGUCAUCUGGAAAGAAUAUAUGCGCGAGGUGCCUAACGAGGCUGGGCGCGUGCGCAUCCUGAUGCAGGAUGAGUACAACAGGUUCUCCUGGAGCUUCUUCACCCACCACCGGGGUAACAGCUGGCAUGGCAAGGAUGCGCGCUUGAUCUUCUGGAUGGGUCAACACUGGUUCUUCCUUACGGUCUGCGGCUUCCUUCUCGCUGGAGUCGUUGGAGUCUGUCUCUGGUGGAGCUAUGGACGUGUCAUGCUCUUAGGAGCUAAGUACCGCUACCGCUAUUCCAAGGUGCCAUCUAUCAUCCCGUCGCGACUCUCUUCGCCAUCACGACUCUCGCGACUCUCAGUCCCCACGAUCCUGCGACGCGUCAGCUUCAAAGAAGAUGAAGAGUCAGGUGGGGUCACAGAGACCUCGUACGAACUCGGACGUCGCGAUGACUAG